AUGAAGCAAACUAAGACAAUCACAACCAAGUUUGUGAAACCAGAGUUUCUUAUCGGAGCCCCCAGGGUUGUCCGGAUCAGCGUCACUGAUCACUACGCCACUGACACCUCAAGCGGCGAUGACGAAGACGAACGCUUCCAACCCAGGAGAAUGAGGAGGCUCGUUAAUGAAAUCAGAAUAGAUAAAUGCUCCAAUUUUUCGGCAAACAGAGAGGCUCACGGAGGAGGUACCAACACCUCGUCUUCGAAGCAGAGGUCCAGAAACAAGUCCGGUAAGGUCCGACCCGAAAAAUCUGACCAGGUCGAACCGUACAGAAAGAAGUACAUCGGAGUUCGACGGCGGGAAUGGGGGCGGUACUCGGCGGAGAUCAGAGAUCCUGUGAGUCGGCAGAGGCUGUGGCUGGGCACUUUCGAUACGGCGGAAGAGGCAGCUCUGGCAUACGACAGAGCAGCUAUUCGUAUUCGAGGUCCAUAUGCCAAGACAAAUAUUCUCCGACCACCACCUCUAAUUGCCGAACCCGUCGAAGAAUCCGAAGCAACCUCAGUGGACAACGUUGAGUUGAUUAAGGAGCCCCACGCGUCUUCCCCAACCUCUGUCCUGAGGUUCCAGUCUCUAGAAGAACCCAAAACAGAGCCCGGAGAAGGAGAAGCAGAUGCAGAAGCAGAAGCGGAGCCAUAUUUCCAAGAUAGUAAUUUAUUGUUCUUAGAUUCUUCAUUUGCUUCUCGAUAUUCAGAAUAUGAGGUCCCUCUCCCAAUGUUCUUCGACCAGUUCACUUCAAACGAUAAUUUAAAUAUCAGGGACAGUCCGUUCCACCUAGAACAAGAUUUUGAAUCGUGUAAAUGGGACGUAGACAGCUACUUUCAAGAACAAGACAGUACUGAAAACUGGGUUGGAGACGGACAACAAAAUCAUCCGAAGGCGAAGGUAAUCGGGGAAGAUUGA